AUGAUGGACGAGAACCCCGUCCCGUCCCUGACCCCCGGACUAAUCGACCCUGCUUCCAUGGCCGGCGACGCGGCAACGACCCAGGCGCGCGCUGUUCUGGACCGACUGAACUCCGCGCUGGCGACUGGCGAUACAAAGACACUCGAGAGCUGCUUCUACGCGGAGCAGGCGUACUGGAAGGAUUUGUUGGCCCUAACAUGGCAUCUGCGGACAUUCAGGGGACCGAGUACGAUUGCGGCGAGUUUGCUAGAGACGGCGAAGUUGAGAGAAGUUGGGGCAUUUGAAGUUGAUGGCGAAGCAGUGUUUUUGCCGGCGACGCCUGUUCUUCAAUUCAUCGAUUGUCCUCUUGUCUUCCGAACGAAAUCUCCUGCUGGCCUAUGCCGGGGAAAGAUGCUCCUUCUGCCGGUUGUCGAAGACGCAAACGAGAACAAAAUAGCCUGGAAGAUAUGGAUCUUCAGCACGAGGCUCGAAAGUUUAGACGUCCAUCCAGAGGACGAGAAACUCUUACAAUCACCUCGAAGACCGCUCGACGGUCCUGACUCACCGGACUUCGAGACAGACGUCUUAAUCAUCGGCGCUGGAAACGCCGCCGUCGCCCUCUCUGCGCGCCUCAAGGCCCUCGGCGUCGACAGCGUCAUGGCAGAGCGGAACCCUCUUCCUGGCGAUAACUGGGCGCUUCGAUACGACUGCAUGAAGUUCCAUAUCCCGACGGCGUUCUGUGAUCUUCCGUAUAUGUGUGCGUCAACUGAUACUCUCCUUCUCGCCCUUACAUCGUCAGCUAAUCCAGACACAAUAGGCUACGGCGAAGAACUCCAAACUCCUCACCUGCUCAGCCGCCAGGACCUGGCAGACCAGGUCCGCCGAUAUGUCGAGACAUUCAACCUGAACGCCAUCUAUUCCGCGCAGAUCCAGCGGACGGAGUACGACGAGAGCACGAAGCGGUGGAGCAUCACCUUCAACACGCCAUCCGGACAGCGGCGCGCUAUCUCGAAGCAUCUCGUCCUCGCAACGGGGAUAGGCUCGCAGAAGCCCAAUAUGCCGAAGAUCGCAGAUGCGCAUCUCUACAGAGGCAUCAGCAUACACUCAUCCGCAUACAAAAACGCAACCGUGCUAAAGCAGCAGGGCGUCAAGACCGUCACAGUCAUCGGCUCCGCAAACACCGCCUUCGACGUGCUAGCAGACUGCCACGCCGCCGGCCUCAGUGCAACAAUGAACGUCCGCUCGCCAACCUACAUUGUGCCCCUCGAGUACGUCUGCCACCCGCUCAGUCUCGGAGCGUAUGAUUCUGGCGUUGAGGCGGCCGAUAAGUUGUUCCUCAGCUUGCCCUCUUUCGUAGACGGGCAGUUGGCACGCGGGCUGUUUGCGAUGUUCGCUUCCAACGAGCCGGAGCGGUAUACUGCGCUCAGAAACGCCGGCUUCCCGGCAAUGGAUAGUGCAGACCCAUCUUGUGCGCUUAUGCAUAACCUUUUGGAACGCGCAGGUGGGCAUUAUGUUGACGUUGGCACGACGGACUUGAUCGUGGAGAAGAAGGUCGGCGUCAAGGCAAAUGUGGAGCCUACUGGAUAUACGGAGACGGGGCUGCGGUUCUCGGACGGGAGUGUGCUUGAGACGGAUGCGGUUAUUUGGUGUACGGGUUUUGCGGAUGGGGAUGUGAGGACGACGGCGGCGGAGAUUUUGGGCGGCGAGCCUAAUACGGACGGGGUCGUGAAUGGGGAGAAGAAGCAUAUUCUGGCACCUGCCGAGAUUGCUGCGCGUUUGGAUGGGACUUGGGGUGUCGAUGCGGAGGGCGAGAUCCGGGGCAUGUGGAAGCGGCAUGGGGAUGCAGAGAAUAUCUGGGUGAUGGGCGGGUAUACACAGCAGCAUCGGUGGCAUUCGCGGACGCUGGCGCUGCAAAUAAAGGCGGAGUUGGAGGGAUUGUUGCCGGAGGCUUAUAGGGGUACUGCGACGAAAGAGUCAAAUGGAUAUCUGUAA